UUUGUGAACCCCCCGCCAAAAGAGCCGGUGGUUCGAAAGACAGCAGGACAAAGACAGAAGUCAGAGCUAAAACACUGGAAAGUCGUAAGACAUAACACGCAGGAUGUCGGGAUCCGAAUCAGAAAGUAACGAUGAGUCUAUGGACCAAAGUGACUCAUUCAUGCCUCCAGGGAAAGCACCAGUGGUGCUGCUGAAAUCUCCCCCAAAACCCAUGGUGGAGGAGGAGGAAGAGGAAUUUGAUGCAAAAAUCGAAGCAGACAGGGGCAACCGGUUUGAGUUUUUGCUCAAACAAACAGAGUUGUUCUCACAUUUCAUGCAAACAGGAGCAGGACAAGGGGGUAAAACACCAACAAGUCCUUUAAAAAUGAAACCAGGUCGACCUAAAAUGAAGAAAGAUGAAAAACAGAAGCUUACAACUGUUGGAGAUCAUAGACAUCGGCGAACUGAACAAGAGGAAGAUGAGGAGCUGCUCACAGCUAGCAAGAAAGCUGCAGCCAGUUCAUACCGCUUCGAGACUCAUCCAUCAUACAUCAAAUCUGGAAUAAUGAGGGACUACCAAGUGCGUGGUUUAAACUGGAUGAUAUCUCUGUAUGAAAAUGGUAUCAAUGGUAUACUGGCAGACGAAAUGGGCCUCGGAAAGACACUACAGACAAUUUCUUUGCUUGGCUACAUGAAACACUACCGGCACCUGCCAUCCCCUCACCUGGUCAUCUGUCCCAAGUCCACACUCGCUAACUGGAUGUGUGAAUUUAAGAGGUGGUGUCCAAGUAUACGAGCUGUCUGCCUCAUAGGAAGUGCUGAACAGAGGGCCACAUUCAUCAGAGAUACUAUGAUGCCUGGUGAGUGGGAUGUUUGUGUCACCUCGUAUGAAAUGGUUAUCAGGGAGAAAUCUGUAUUCAAGAAGUUCAACUGGCGAUACCUUGUCAUAGACGAAGCCCACAGAAUCAAGAAUGAGAAAUCCAAGUUAUCAGAAAUCGUUCGAGAGUUCAAGUCUGCAAAUCGUCUGCUGUUGACAGGGACGCCAUUGCAAAACAACCUUCAUGAACUCUGGUCUCUACUUAACUUCCUCCUGCCAGAUGUGUUCAACUCUGCUGAUGAUUUUGAUUCCUGGUUUAAUACAAACACAUGUCUUGGUGACAAAGAGCUUGUGGAGAGACUGCAUGUUGUCUUGAGGCCUUUCUUAUUGAGGCGUAUCAAGUCAGAAGUGGAAAAGAAGCUGUUGCCAAAAAAGGAAGUGAAAAUCUUUGUUGGUCUCAGUAAAAUGCAGAGAGAAUGGUAUACAAAAAUCCUGAUGAAAGACAUUGAUGUUGUGAAUGGCGCAGGCAAAAGUGACAAGAUGAGACUGCUCAACAUUCUCAUGCAGCUGCGAAAGUGCUCCAACCACCCCUACCUGUUUGACGGAGCAGAGCCUGGUCCACCGUUCACAACAGAUCAACACUUGGUGGACAACUGUGGAAAAAUGGUGAUUUUGGACAAACUACUUCCCAAACUAAAAGCCCAAGAUUCACGAGUACUGAUCUUCAGUCAGAUGACUCGUGUACUGGACAUACUUGAGGAUUACUGUUUUUGGAAAAACUACAAUUACUGCCGCUUGGAUGGAAGCACACCACAUGAAGACNUAUAUAUAUAUAUCAAUGACUUCAACAUGCCAGGCAGUACUAAGUUUGUGUUCAUGCUGAGCACAAGAGCUGGUGGACUGGGAAUCAACCUGGCUACUGCAGACUGUGUCAUCCUGUACGACUCUGAUUGGAACCCACAGGUUGACCUCCAGGCCAUGGACCGUGCCCAUCGUAUUGGACAGCAAAAACAGGUGAGAGUGUUCCGCUUCAUCACAGAGAACACUGUGGAGGACAGAAUUGUGGAGAGAGCAGAAAUGAAACUCAAACUGGAUAACAUUGUGAUACAGCAAGGACGUUUAGUAGAUCAGAACACCAACCGUUUGGGGAAGGAUGAUGUACUCAACAUGAUCAGGCAUGGUGCCAGCCAUGUGUUUGCCUCCAAAGAAUCUGAGCUCACAGAUGACGAUAUUGACCAAAUCUUAGAGAGAGGAGAGAAAAAGACGGAAGAAAUGAAAUCCAAGUUGUCUACAAUGGGAGAGAAUUCAUUGGCGACAUUUACCCUAGACACGCCAACUGAGAGUGUGUACCAAUUUGAGGGUCAGGAUUACAGAGAAAAACAUAAAGGUGGCAUGGGUAUGUGGAUCGAGCCGCCAAAGAGGGAGAGGAAAGCCAACUAUGCCGUGGACGCCUAUUUCAGGGAGGCACUCCGAGUCAGCGAACCUAAAGCACCUAAGGCCCCUAGACCACCAAAACAACCCAAUGUGCAGGACUUUCAGUUCUUCCCCCCAAGGUUGUUUGAACUGCUGGACAAAGAGAUAUAUUUUUAUAGAAAGUCCAUUGGUUAUCGUGUGCCACGAAACCCUGAUUUAGGGACUGAUGCCGAGCGAAUCAGGAAGGAGGAGCAACAGAGGAUUGAUGAGUCAGAGGUCUUAAAUGAAGAGGAACUGAAAGAGAAAGAAGAACUUCUGAAUGAGGGGUUUACAAACUGGAGUAAGAGAGAUUUCAACCAGUUCAUCAAAGCCAAUGAGAAGUAUGGUCGAGAUGACCUAGAUAGCAUUGCCAGGGAUGUAGAGGGCAAGACUCCUGAUGAGGUUAUGGAGUACUCUGGUGUAUUCUGGGAAAGAUGUAACGAGCUGCAGGACAUAGACAAGAUCAUGUCACAGGUGGAGCGUGGAGAGGCCAAGAUACAGCGUAGGAUCAGCAUCAAGAAGGCUUUAGAUGCAAAAAUGGCACGGUACCGAGCACCAUUCCAUCAGCUGAGGAUACAGUAUGGUACCAACAAGGGUAAGAACUACACCGAGGAAGAGGACCGAUUCCUCAUCUGUAUGCUCCACAAACUUGGCUUUGACAAGGAGAAUGUGUAUGAUGAACUCCGCACGGCUGUCAGGCAGGCCCCACAGUUCAGGUUCGACUGGUUCAUCAAGUCACGAACAGCUAUGGAGCUGCAGAGGCGCUGUAAUACUCUGAUCACCCUGAUAGAGAGAGAGAAUAUGGAAAUGGAGGAAAAGGAGAAGGCCGAGAGAAAGAGGAAGGGACCAAAGUCAGGAGUAAAGGGAGGACAGAAGAGGAAAGCAGACGGCACACCAGACAACCGAGGGCGACCAAAGAAAAAGAAGUGAACAUAGUAACCUUAGUGUUGUGUGGAUUUGUGGAUAUAGGACACAUGUUGUUCCCCAGGACGGCUUCCUAAUGAUACAAGACAAUGACAGCUUACUUUUCACCAAUCCAGUGCAGAUAUGAUAAUGUCAGGACACUUUAUUGAAUUGUGUGUGGGUGAUCCGAGAUACAAACAUUGAAUAAGUGUAUCAGCAGCAAUUUCCUCAAGAACGAAAAACCAAUCAUGUUGUCGGGUAGAAUUGUGAUGCAUCAGAAUUGCUUUCAGAAUAUUAACUCUGUAUUAUCAAGAAGCAAACACUGAUCAAAUUUGACUGGACUAAUGUAAAAGACAUAGAUGUGAAACCUACAGAUCGCUGGAUGUGUCUUUAUAAAUCUAAAUAGCUCUAAUCAAGAUAAGUAGAAGGACUUGUGUGCUGUAGUGUGUUGUAAAUUUCAACUCAUUGUUUUAUAGUCAUUAUUUACUCGUUUGGUUUUUAUAUAUUUUAUCAUGUCAAAUAUUUUUCAUUGCAUAUGUUCUUGUUUCUCUUUGAGAUGAUUUUAUUCAUCUUUCCAAAGCUGUUGUGGUGUAAGUAGGGCAGAAAAUAAUUCAAAUGACAAAUGAUCUGCUAAAGAGAUAGGGAAGCUAUAUAACUUGUGGAAUUGUCUCCCUUUAUCAUAGCUGUUUGAUCAUUACAAAAGUGCAGUACCCAGUUCAAACCUUCCAUUAUUUAUUCAUUUUGUUAUAGCUGAUAUAUAUGUGUGUUUGUGAAAUGAAAACAUGCAUAUUCUGAAGUAAAACAGUCAUAAAGAUUACUGUUUGUAUAUGAAAUCAAUCUUGAUGACUGAGAAGCUUAGCUAUCAAACGUAUGUCUCUAAAUUCAAUAAAUAGACCAUCAUUAUAACUGUUCAGCUUCAUGUCUGUAAAGAUCACUAUAAAAAAAACCUUUUCUCACUUUUAGAAUGUGAUCAAUUAAGUCUGUAUAAUGUUGGCAUAAACAUCUAUGUUGUCAAUAAAUUCAUUUCAAAACUGAU